ACCGGAUAACGGAGGAAAAACGAAAUAGCUCUUCAUAGUGGAGGUAUUCCGCGAAAUUUCAAUGGAAGCAAAUAAAGCUUAACAAUGACAGAAAAAAGUCCUGCAAGGAAGUCCAGAUCUUCAACCCCUAUUAUAGUAAAUGGGUCAGUCAUACAAAAUGGAACGCCAAGCAGAGGUGGAUUGCUCCAUUUAUCUCACAGGUUGGACAAAGACAUCACACCAAAAACACCAGUAGCAGACGCAAGUUUCAGAAAUGAUGACAAAGUUAGCCCAAUGCUUGCCAAGCUUAGGAUGACUCCAGGAAGAUUGUUAAAAGAAAAGCAGACAAUUCUGGUACGGAAACAUGAGGAAACACGGCGUAAAGUGGACAGUUUGAAUGUCGGAGGAGGCGUGUCCAUGUGGCCAGAGAUGGACAGUAUGAGAAUGUCUAAAGAGGAAAUCUACAAACUGUCUGGCUUUUGUCUGAUAAUGGUCAUAGUUGUAAUAGCAAUUUUUAUAGGUUUACAUGGUUCAACUAUAUCCCUUCUGUUACAGUAUCAUAAAAGAUUGAGCCAGUUCUCAUUCCAUCAAGUAAUCAUUGUUGACAGUGGACAAGCUGAAAUGGACCAUUCAUUGAUAGACUGGCAUAUUAAAUACAAACAAAUUGUGGACUCCAUACAUGAAGAGUUUGACGUCAGCAAGUUGCCAGCCUCGUAUAUAUUAUAUAUACUGUUAUACUUUACAACGCUGUGUGUACUUCUCUACUACCUUAUAGACAACAUGUUUGCAAAGAGUAAACUUUCUCCUAAAAGAAUUAAACGAUGGGUAAGUUUGUUGGUGUUGACAACAGCAUGGACAUGUUUACUAGGAUUUACACUUGUUAUUGCCCUUCGCACCGAGGCUGCCAUAGAAACCAAUAUAUAUCAACUUUCAGAUACCCUAGCAGAUAUAAUACCUACAGAUCUCGCCAGCGACAAAUUCAACCAGGUGUUACAAUACUGGCGCACACGAUGUCUCCCACCUACGACACACGGAACUAUUUCUAUAUUCGGUAUUUUACCCGUUAGGGACGUGACUUUCUACAUACAAUACUACAGUAUACCAAUAGUGACUGUACUUAUAGCGCCAGUUUUCAGACUCAUUGUCUCUUUGAUGACCAUUUAUAAUGUGACCAAUGAAAAGCUGUCAUGAUAUAUACUUUAUUUCUUAAUAUGAAUUUGUUAUUAAUCAAUAUUUUAUGAUAUUCUUUCCACAGAUAAAAAUGUAAAACAGC